ACGCUUGACUGCAAUAUGCAUUGUUGUUUUUUCUGUCAGAAAUGAAAUGUUUUCGUUGUAAGAGCUCUCAAGUGUUAUUUUAGAAUGUUUCAUCGCAAAGUCAUAUUUUUGUGCAUCGGCGUACUGGUUUUUUGUUGUGCGGACGCCCAGCGAAUAUUCGGUUGCAAAGAUUUCUGCGAAACGAAAGUGAAAAGCUGUCGGGAUGUCGGUUCCUGUGAAAAUGGCACGAUAAUUAAAAAUGCAACUGAAUGUGGAUGUUGCGAUAUUUGUGUCAUAUGGCUGAGGGAAGGUGAUAAAUGCGACACUCAAGUGAUUGCUCCCAUUCCGAGACAAGCAUGUGGUCCAAGACUGAUGUGUGACAAACAAGAAAAAAAGUGCGUACCAGUGAAAACUCAAUGCAUGGCUGACCAGGUUAAACACGACAAUACUCUCUUCUUCGACUUGUCCUACCGAACAAACAGGCCGGAAUGCGAUGAUUUCGGUUACUAUAAAUCUAUGGUUUGCUUAGAUGGUAUUUUAUGUUACUGCGUCGACAAAAAUGGGAAGAGAAUAUUUGGAACUGAAAUUGCAUCGGAAGUCAAUAUGACUCGCUUGGAAAGAUAUUGCAAUUGUAGCAGAGAAUACGAAGAGUUUCCAAAAACAGUUCCCAAUGGUGAUUUCCUGCGCUGUUUGCCGAAUGGAGACUAUGACCGCCUCCAAUGCACUGAGGAGUGGUGUUACUGUAUGGAAAGUGAAAAUCCUGAUGUCAUUGAAGUUGCAAAAUUCAAUACUUCCUUAAAAGGCCUUUCGUGCUAUGAUGAAAAAAUCCACAAGGACUUCGAUGCAACAUUCCGAAGCAAUUGCUGGAACGAGAGGAAUAGCCUGAAACAAAUUAUCAAGAAGCACGAAGACCAGCAGAUUGCCGUCAUAGGAAUUGAUUUGCCAGAAUGUGAUCUGGAUGGCAGCUAUGCACCAGUUCAGUGCAGACAAGAAAGUUGCUUUUGUGUGGACAAAGAAGGAAAUCCUUUUGAAGGGUAUAAAGUUCCUCGACAUUCGAAAGAAGGUGAAGAAAUGGACUGUAGAUGUGUAAGAGACAAAUUUUUCAUCCGUCAACAAAAGGAGAAAAACCAAAAUAUGAAAGAUUUUGACAUAUACAAGUGUGCACCAAACGGAAAUUACAAACCACCAGAAUUUAUAUGAUGACAUAUUACAAAACCAUGAUGAUAAAGCAGAACAUUUCAUCGUUUCAAUGAGAAGAAAAUCAGGACAUAUUUGAAAUACAAACAAACAUUGUUUUUUUAGUGUGUUUGUGAUAAAAAGAAUAGUUCCAUAUGUUGAAGAAAUGGUAAAAACACUUUUAAUAAAAUUUUCUAAUCUACUCUCUA